AUGUUAGAAUCUAUUCAAAACCUCAAUAAACAAAAAGUUAAUAUUGAAGUCAUAUAUGCUAUUUGUCAAAUAUUAAAUGAUUCAAAUAAAGAAUGUUGUAACAUUCGAUUGAAAACUUCAAAUGGCUCAAUAUCAAACUUAAUAACCCACCUCUUAAGCGCUCAUAGUAAUACAAAGAAUGAGCCUGGAUUAUCAAACA